CUACAAGUUAAAGGACAGCCUUGGACAAUCAAGGCAACAGCAAUCUGCCAAAAAUUUGCCCGAUUCACACGUUAUCUGUGCCUGCCGUACGAGAGCGUCACCCAUUUAGUGGGCCCCUCGCAGAUAAGCCGAUACCACAAACUGCCACAAUAAUCUCAUGAUCAUUCGACAAUCCUUGGCGGCUAGUUUUGCACCUGGUCAUCAGCACCUGUGUAUCCAAUGUUGCCGUAUACCCGUGUGGCGGUAGUGACCCGCGAGCAGGGCCAAAAAGAAGCGGGAUCACAGACAGAUUGGUUCAGCAUCGAGUUCGACAAAACUAAAAAUAUCAUAGUCAGGACUGGUCAUAGCAACUUGAAACUCAACGGUCAGCCGCGCCGAGUGAGCGAAUUUACGAUUUGACGAUUACGCUCCCGUCCCAAAGUACCUACAAACGGGAAACACGCCUUGCAGGCUUGCAGAUGAGUUUCCUAGGAUUGGAAUUGAUGGCUCCUCACAUGGUCGCGACCAUGAACCGAG